ACACAUCAUGAUGAACCGUACCCCCAGAGUUGCGACCCGCUGCCUCAGACAGCAACGCGCCGCCCAGCUCAAGAACCGUCGCGCCAACGCUCGCUUCCAGUCCACUACCUCUGGAUCUAGCUCCAGCAGCAGCAGCAGCAGCAGCAAUCCCGCCCUCGUGGGAGGUCUCGCCGGUGGUGCCGUCACCUUCGUGCUCGGAUAUGGCUGGUACCACUUCUCCGGCGCCCGCACCGUGGUCAAGACCGUCAAGCAAACCCAGAAUUACGCCGAGCAGGUCAAGCAGGGCAUCAUCCAGAACACCCCCGAGCCCGACAAGGCCUUCGACUGGCUGCGGGAUACCGUCAAGAGCUACGCCGGCUUCAUCCCCGGGGCGCGCAAAUACAUCGACACUGCCUUUGACGACCUGGAGAAGGUCAAGCAGAAGCACGGUAGCGAGUUCGACUCGAUUGUUCGCGAGGCGUACACGGAGGUCAAGGCCGUGACGAAAAAGGGCGGCGCCAACGCCGAUACCGCCUUCGAGGCCCUGCGCGUGCUGCAAAAACACCUCAGUCGCUUGGCUGAUCUGUCCGGAGAUGCGGCCUCCGACAUCCUCGAUAACCACCCCUGGCUGCAGGAGAAGGUCGGUGGGAGCUGGGACCAGCUGAAGGAGAUGGGCGAGGCGUACGGCCCGCAGGCGAAGGAGGAGGUCAAUCAGACCUGGGAGCAGGUCACGGGAAUCGCCAAGGAGGGCUUCAGCGUGCAGUCGGCGGAGAAGGUGCGCCAGCUAAUCCAGGAGAAGAAGGACAAGCUGCAGAAGAUGGGGGAGGAGAUGUGGCAGAAGGGCUUGGAGGAGAGCAAGCAGUAUCUCGACAAGAACCCCCAGCUGAAGGAGAUGGUGGAGAACAACGCCGAUGCGUUGAAGCAGGGCAACUUCGGCGACCUCUGGGGUCUGAUCAAGGACUCGGCCUCGUCGGGCAAGACGGAUCAGGUGGAGAAGUUCGUCAAGGAGAAGGUCGACCAGGCCAAGAACAACAGCUCGUUCGACCUGGACAAGUGGACCAAGAUGAUUCCGGGCGGCUCGGACAUCCUGAACCAGCUGCAGUCGCUGCGCACCGUCGGAGAGAAGAAGGGCAAGGAGGCGGAGGGCGUCCUGAAGGAGACGGUGGAGGAGCUCCAGCAAGUGCUGCAGAAGAGAAAGGAUCAGAUUGAGAAGUUGGCGAGUGAGGCCAAGGAGGAGAGCAAGUAAAGGCGUUGCUUGAUGGGCCUGAUUCGG